CGUAUUAAUUCCAUCAGAUCAAAUGGACCGUCCUGUAAUUAGUGUCUCCAACUCAUGGUUUGGCCAGCAUAAGUCCAUGCUUUGGUCAUAUCAGCCUCACUACCGUAAUGCUUACCACUAACCAAGAAGAUCGUGGACAGAUCGUCAGCUUUUCGGGGGACACGCAUCCAGUUUGCGCACAGCCACCUCAGCAGUCCAUUUGCAUCGAAGUAAAUAUUUUUUUCUAUUAAUAUUUGGAGACAGGCUAUUAAGCAACGUCCGACCCGCUGUUUCUAUCAAUUCGAUCUGUUGAAGUCGUAAACCAUUUUCAAUGGCGUCACCCGUCGAGGCGAGGUCUCUUUCGACGAUUACAACCAUUGCUGCUAAUCCUCCUGAUUAUCCACGCAAUCCAACUCAUGAAAGACAAGAUCCACUUGUUCUUUAUAUCGCUCGUGUUCCUGGCAGUCGGGGUAAGGUGAUUACUUGUUUUGCCAUCAACCAUCGCUAAUCCACCCAAGACAUGUUCCUGACACCAGUCAAACCGAGAGAUAAAGUGGUGAGCGCAGAGGACGUGCUUAGCGCUCUUUACUAUGUUCAUGUCGAUCGACCAGAGGACCAGGAUUUUCUUGAGUCCGCAAGAAGCCAGAGACUCCCAACACAGGAUGCCGUUCCAUUGGAUUCCAGCUACCGUAUCCCUCGAAAGGAUUUGCCUGCAGUGUCCGAACAUGGUCUGCCACCGAGCAACUCUAGGCCUCUCCCGGAUCUGCCAGACUUAGAGCCUUGGAAUCGGUCGUCUCCUAUCCCAGAAGCAGACGGACUUGGAUGGCCACCGAAAGGUCCUAGAAACGAGCCGGCCUCGUCACCUUUUCGAAUUGCUAGGAAACAGCCCCCGAAUCGGAAUCCAGAUUCUCCUAGAUCCGCCUAUCCAGGUCCAAGGAGCUUAGUCGCAGACUCUAGUGAUCACCCGCCUUCUCUUAGCAUGGACAUAUCGACAGAAACCACAUCGAUGACUCCGACCGGAAUAGCUUCUCACGGAUUUCCCCCCGAGGAUGUGCUCACGCUUAUUCGAAGGGAUCCGGCAUCAGAUUCCCAAUGGAAUGUAGCAACAAUCUCCGAUCCAGUUCCGAUAAACGUCUCUUCGCACCCUUCCAAAAGCGAGGCAACCUUUAUCCGCAAAAGUGGCACCCCUCUGUAUGUGGAGGUCAGCAACCCAGGGUAUAGCAAGUUUAUAGCUUCCGCAACUACAGGAAUCAAUAAAUCGCAACUCUCGGUGUCGGACGAUCGUCGGGUGCGGUGUGACGUGUUUUGGCGCCGAAUUUGGGUUGAGGGGUCUCAGAUCUCCGAGCGUCCGUUUUCUGAUGGCCACCGGAAGAGCCAUUCCCAUGAUAGCACCAGCAGAUUCACUGCGGCACUCAAGGUCCGCAGCCGACACCAGAGCAAGCCGUCUUUUGAUUCGGGAGGUCAUAGACCGUCUUCCUUCGGCCCCUCCCAAAAUCGGCUUGAACUGUCAGCAACAGAACGGAAACGGUCUGCGAAGAGAUGCUAUACAUUCCUAAGCCCUUGGGGUGGAAGGUGUGAGUUUAUUGAGAGUUUAGUGACAGGGUCUCUCAAGGUAUGUUGGAUUCGAUGAUGCAGCAAUCCAGCGCUGAACUUGGUAGUGUAAGCAUUCUCCAAUAGUUGGGUCCUCGGCUUCAAUCGGUCCUCCUUCUGUCGUCAGCGAACUUCGAUUCAAUCUCCCUGGAACCGUGUCGACGGCAUCGAGGGAGGGACCAAUACGGUAUACGAAGAGUGAAAGCAAUAGUGAAGCCUCACUCCCGACGAAAUCCACGCCUAGCCUUGGGAGGGAUAGAGGACAACACAUUCGUCCGCCAACUGAUGAGCUUAACCUUGCCUUGGGACAAGAAAAAGCAGGCGGAGGCAUUGGAGGAAAGAAGGCGAAGUUAGGG